AUGUCUUCCUCUGGGAUUGACAUUUCUCAAUUCUCCGAUAGCGAGAGGGCUGCUCUUGAAACCUACACGGCGGUUACAAGCCAGGAUGUAUCCGAAGCUAUUCCUCUGUUGCGCCGCUCGCAAUGGAACGUGCAGAUUGCUGUCUCCAAAUUUUUCGAUGGUGAAGGUCCAGACCCCAUUGAAGAAGCUCGCGCUGCCCUCGAUAACCCUCCACCGGCACGACCGACACGACAGACACAGAACCUCAUGAGCGAAGAUUUGUCUGCUGGGCGUUUCUCCCCGGUCGCGGAAGCAGCCCCUCGAGUACAUACUCAACCAGAACAACAACCAGUCUACCGCCCUCCGUUCCUACUGGCUCUACUGUUCGCCCCGUUUAAUCUUAUUUACCGGUUACUCACCAGCUCCUUCCGUCUCUUCGGAACGCUGUUUCCAUUCCUCCCACGAUUCUUCAACCUCACCGCGAACCCUACUCUUCAGGGAGCUCGACGGAACACUACAGGACGCAGGGCUUUGAGUCCACAGGACACGGCGGCUCGAUUCAUCCGGGAAUUUGAGGAAGAGUAUGGCACUCAAUCUGUGAGCUUCUUGGAGAAUGGAUACAACAUGGCAUUGGAGAAGGCCCAUCGGGAAUUGAAGUUCCUGCUUGUGGUUCUUUUGUCUCCAGAGCAUGACGAUACAAGCAGCUGGGUACGGGACACGCUUCUUUCACGCGAGGUGAUGGAUUUCAUCAAUGAUCCACAGAAUGGGAUCAUUGUUUGGGGAGGCAACGUGCAGGAUUCUGAGGCAUACCAAGUCAGCCACUCUUUGCGUUGUACCAAGUUCCCCUUUGCUACGCUGGUUGUCCACACGCCCAACGUUUCUUCAAGCGCCAUGUCCAUUGUCUCCAGAAUCUCAGGGACAUCGUCACCGUCUGAAUUUGUGGAGAAGCUACGAACGGCUAUUUCUCAAAACAGGGAGCCCCUGGAACAGACCAGGACCACUCGUUCUGAGCAACAAGCUUCACGUAGCCUUCGAGAAGAGCAGGACUCGGCAUACGAACGUUCGUUGGCAAUUGACCGGGAACGGGCUCGACAACGGCGGGAAGCAGAGGCGGAACAACGCCGCCAAGAGCAAGAAGCAGCAGAACGACAAGCGACAGAGGAGAAAAUACGUCGUGAUCACCAGCAAUGGAAGCAUUGGAGAGCACAGUCGAUCCAGGAUGAGCCUGGCACUGACGUCAAAGAAGCCGUGCGCAUCAGUGUUCGACUUACAUCGGGUGAACGGGUAAUCCGCAGAUUUUCACCUGAGCUGGAUAUUGAAGAGCUUUACGCUUUUGUGGAGUGCUAUGAUGUCUUGCAGGAUGCAGAGCAGAUGGCUAGGGGUGGCAAGAAACCGGAGGGGUUUGAGCAUAAAUACGGAUUCCAGUUAGUAUCUCCUAUGCCUCGAACUGUUUAUGAGGUUGAAGCCGGGGGCUCGAUUCGGGACAAUAUUGGUCGCGGCGGCAACUUGCUGGUGGAAAUUGUUGACGACGAUGACAACGAAAGCGACGGCGAACAAGAAGAGGCAUAG